AUGGCACCAGUGAGUGGCCUUAAUUCCGUUCAUUCCUCUGCUUCAUCUUCUUCCUUCGGGUUCUCUUCUUCCUCUACCAUUGUACAUAUUCAAGAAGAACCAGAGAUUUUACCAACAACAAAUACAUGUAGCCCGAAUAGCAACCAGUUUAGGCUUGGUCAUGGUACGACUUCUCCAGCAGGCAAACACAAAGGAAGUACCGUAUCAGUGGUGCGAUGGUGUGUCCUCUCUUGCUUCGUUUGCUUUGCUAUUCUCUUCUUUCUCCUUAAUGUUUAUUUAAUCUAUCAUUCAUUGAGUAGUCGUAGAAGUAAUGAUGGAGGUUCAUCCCUUCCUAUGCAUGAACAUCAACUGGAAAGUACCACUAACGCCUUGCAACAUGCAAUCCAAGAAUGUAAAGCUUUAUUAGACUCGCAAUUACCUUCAGAUACCGGUACAAAUGCGGUCAAGAAUAAUGUAGUGAACAAGGGUGUUCCACAAUCCAAUAACAUGAAUGCAAAUGGCAAACCUAUCAAUAAUAAUAACAACAAUAUUCGGAAUUAUCUUUCCAAGGCAAUGGGUGGUUCUAGCUUAACUGUUGCAGAAUUACGACAAAAGACAUACAUCAAGUCUCAAUUUAAGGACAUUACAAAAUUAGAUGAAAGUUUUAUAGAUCCUUUCUUGACUGUACCAAAAAGACCAACACUAGAAGAUCCCUACAUGAUAAAGGAAGUCACAUCAUAUUUGAAUGAACUGCACAUCAACGACAAGGGUUGUGGUCACACUCUCAACAGAAAUUAUUCUCAAAAUCCUGUUCAUGUAUAUGGCAAAUUUCGAGGAGAAUUUGAAGGGUGUGCUGUUAGAUGCGUGGGUGAUGGAACUUUUAACUCAUCGAUUGAGACUGAUGUAUUUGUGAACAACAUACCAUCUAUGAUGAAAAGAUGUCCCCAUACUAAACAAUAUACCUUCAGCAUGGAAAACGUGGCCAUGCAAAUGGGAGUUGCUGAAAAACUGGUUGGAAGCACAAAGCUUGGUACUGACGUACCAGUACCUUACUAUAGCUGGGCUGAAUAUGACUUUAUGAAGCCACCUGUCCCAAAAACAGCAAGCGCUAUGAUGGCAGUUUUCAUUUCAAAUUGUGGUCCUGAAAAGCGAUUAAAGAUUUUAGAGGAGUUGAUGAACUAUGGUGUGACCGUUCAUUCCUUUGGACGCUGUUUGAACAAUGCAAAAGUACCAGCUCAGUUUGUUGGAGGAUAUUUGGACCAAAAAACAGCCCUUACAGCCAUGUACAAAUUCACUUUUGCAGCUGAGAAUUCAGAAUCAGAUGACUAUGUGACAGAAAAACUGUUUGGUACUUUGUCGUCAGGCAGUGUUCCUGUCUAUUUAGGUGCUCCAAAUGCCAGAAAAUUCUCUCCAAGCAAAAAGUCUGUCAUUUAUGUUUCGGAUUUCGAAUCCACGGAGCAAUUAGCAAAUUAUUUGAUAGAGCUCGAUAGAGAUGACGCUAAAUACAAUGAGUAUCUCAAAUGGAAACAAGAAGGUCCCUCUCCGGAUUUUAUGGCAUUAGUUGAUCUUGCACUCGUUCACUCGUCGUGUCGAUUAUGUAUUCGAGUGGCGGAUCAUCACCGAGCCAUGUAUGGCAAUCGGGUUGGUCAUGAAGUCAAGAAAAUUUCCAUGCAACAAGGAACAUUGGCAUUACAAGUUCGUCCAAGAGGAGAAUUCUUUAUGAAAUACUUGUAUUUGGAACAACAUGAACAAAACAUGACCGCACUACAAGAAAAAAUUUUAGAACUUUACAAAGAUCAUUCGCCUUUCCCUGGAAAAGUGUAUUCAAUCUAUCGACUGUGGGAUCGACUUCAAAGGCCAAUUGACGAUAAUGACUUUACUAAUGGCGUAUUAGCGCAAGAUAUAGAACUGGAGGUAAUAUUUACAUACCCCAAUCACCCUGGAAGAGGACAGUAUACUUUGUGGCAACAACGACAGUAG